AACACUACUUCAUAAUUGUUAGACCGGAAUAUAAAAUUAAAAGGACAGAAGUAGAAAUAAACGCCGACCCAUCUGAUAUAUAUGGCGAAGAACAAGCGGGACAUAAAGUACGGCACCGCGCAGGCAAGGUUGUCGGAGGACGACGCCGUUCGAGUCGGCUACAUAGGCGGCCAGCCGCUCGAAGGCGGCAAGAUCGCCGACUCGCAGCCCGUGGAGCUCUUCUCCAGUGCUCGCAAGCCGUCGUCGGAUAAUAAGGAGGCCCAUCAGGCUGGUGACGAUCAAGAACGUAACGGCGGCCGCAAGAUCAGUUGAAAUAAUCGUUGAGAAUAUAUAUAUUAACUCGGUGUACCGGAAGUGAUGAGAUAGAUUGUAUCUGCUUUUAAUUUGGGGUUUUACGGUCUAGUUUCACUUUUCAUAAUCAAAUAAGAUGAUAUUGAAUCAUCAAUUAAAACAAAAAUUAAAAUACUUGUAUUACAUAUAGUAGAUUAAUACAAAAUGAUUUUAUCAAAUUUGCUUUGUUUGCAAAUAAUUUUGUGUGUGUACACACUCCCUCUGUCCACAAAUAAACUUUCUGUUGCGUU